CCUGCCGACCGCACACACUUCCAUGUUGCCAUCAUUUGCGCUUUGCCUCGAGAAGUCGAUGCCGUCACCCUGCUUUUCGACCAAUUCUGGGACGAGGAGCGUGAUCUUUACGGCCGAGCUGAUGGCGACGUGAAUACCUAUAUCACAGGUCGCAUUGGAGAUCACAACGUUGUUCUUGCCCUCUUCCCUGGCAUGGGAACAAAUAAUGCGGCUGCUGCAACUGCUAGCUUGCGAUCGAGCUAUACCAGCCUUAGGCUCGCUAUCCUUGUCGGUCUCUGUGGGGGAGUACCUCGCAUCGCCAACCUUGAUGCAUUUCUAGGUGAUGUAGUAGUGAGCAAGACUAUCAUCCAGUAUGACUAUGGCAGGCGAUAUCCUGGACGAUUUACAGUGAAGAAUACCGUCGAAGACAGCCUCGGGCGCCCCAACAGGGACAUUCGGGGCCUGCUUGCUGUUUUUGAAACGGAAUUGAUGAGAAAGCGGCUACAAAAGGAGGCUUCAGAGCACUUGAAACAUUUGCAAAAGACAGCUGGAAUACAGCGACGGCGAGCACAUUAUAGUUAUCCUGGGACUGCCGAAGAUAGGCUAUAUUCCCCGGCAUAUGCUCACAAGCAUCGGACAUCGUGUGACUUGUGUACUACUUCAGACGCCUUCUGUGAGUCAGCUUCUGAGGCGUCGUGUACCGUGGCGGGAUGCAGUUCAACCAACCUGGUUGUAAGAGAACAUACAGUCGAAGAGGCCAAUUUCAGCCCAGAGAUUUUCAUCGGCCGAGUGGGGUCAGGGAACACCGUUAUGAAGAGCGGGGAAGACCGUGAUAGAAUCGCCAGCACACACAACAUUAUUGCCUUCGAAACGGAAGGCGCUGGAGCCUGGGAUGAAAUUCCGUGUAUCGUUGUAAAGGGCAUCUGUGAUUAUGCAGAUAGCCAUAACAAUGAAGCCUGGCAAGACUUUGCGGCAGCCACUUCUGCAGCAGUCGCGAAGGCUAUUCUUGGGCGGUAUAUCGUCCGCGAUGGGGAUCGGGUUUUUAGCCCGGGUUGAAGCUCAGAAACGGCAAACGAGCGAACGUAAUUUUUUCUCAACUCGUUCUGAGACAAUGUUUAGGUCAACCAGAGCGGGAAAAAUCUUCCACGUCAGGGUCUAUAGCCCAGAUUUCUGCGUACGACACUAUCACUGCACUCUGAUCUCUGUGUGACAACGUGCGGCUCAGCAUUACAAAUCGCAGUUUUUCUCCAUUGUCAUCUUUUGUCUCCGCUCUUCAGCCUUAGCAGAGGAAAAGAGAAAUGAGAAGAGAGGAACUGAAAAGGGGGGAGGGG